AACUCUCUCUCGUGACUAUUAUAUUUUAAAACGCACUUGCGAUAUUACACCAAUCCAAGAGCUUCCACUGCAACCUCUUCAUAAAAAUUAUUAAGCAGCAUAGCAAUGAGUGCUUUGUCAGAUAUUAUUAAAAUAUUUACACGAUCUCCCAAGGCAAAUUCUGUUGGUAUGUAGUUCUUGGUCGGUUUCAGGCAAAUUCUUAACCCUCUACGAUUCUCUACACAAAAUAAUGUUGACUAUUUAAGGGCUCAGUGUCAACCAAUAAACCCAUGGUGGAGUACUGAAUCCAAAACCAGCACAAGAAAAUGAGUUUCCAGAGUAGCUUCGUUUUGUUUCUUGGUAGCCUGCUUUUUCUGCUGCUCAUAGCCACAAGUUUUGGCCAACUUCAAGUGGACUAUUACAGAAACACAUGCCCAGAUGUUGAGUCAAUAGUUCGAACCGCAGUUGAAAGGAAAUUUCAGCAGACAUUAGUAACUGCACCUGCUACACUUAGGCUUUUCUUCCAUGACUGCUUUGUUAGGGGAUGUGAUGCCUCUGUGAUUCUGGCUAAGAGAAACGGUGCAGCAGAAAAGGACAAUCCUAUCGAUCUGUCACUGGCUGGUGACGGGUUUGACACUCUGAUCAAAGCCAAGGCUGCAGUUGAUAGUGUUCCUGGCUGCAAAUAUAAGGUUUCAUGCGCUGAUAUAUUGGCAUUGGCCACGAGGGAUGUUAUUACACUGACAGGAGGACCGUCUUAUGCAGUAGAGCUGGGACGGCUUGAUGGGAGAAUCUCCUCGAAAGCCAGUGUGAGACACAGCAUUCCUCAUGCUAAUUUCAAAUUAGCAAAGCUGAAGGCAAUGUUUGCUUCACAUGGCCUCACUCUUGCAGAUCUAGUUGCUCUAUCAGGAGCACAUACUAUAGGUUUCUCUCACUGCAGUCAAUUCUCUAGACGCAUUUACAGAUUCAGAAGCAGGAGCAGAAUUGAUCCAACACUUGAUUUGGGUUAUGCAAAACAGCUCACGAAAAUGUGUCCAACAAAUGUAGACCCCAGAGUAGCCGUAAGCUUGGACCCCACUACGCCUUGGAUAUUUGAUAAUCAGUAUUUCAAGAAUCUUCGGCAAGGGAAAGGACUCUUAACUUCUGAUCAAGUCUUGUUUACCGAUAGAAGAUCAAGAAAGUUGGUUAACUUGUUUGCAUCCAACAGCACAGCCUUUGAUCAGGCUUUUGUUACUGCCAUGACAAAACUAGGACGGAUUGGGGUCAAAAGAGGAAAUCAGGGCGAAAUUAGGCGUGAUUGUACCAUGGUAAACUAGAUCACCGUCCUUCCUUCUUUACUUUUUUUCUUUAAAAUUCAUUAGCGAUUUGCUUCAUUUUAGUUUUGUUGGCCAUCGAGAGUGUUUCCAUUUUAUCAUGCAAGCUUUACCACUUGAAUUAUAAUAUAAUUUUCUUUUGAGAUCA